GGAGCGCUCCUCUACCCGGAAAACCUUGCAGCUCUGCUUGUGUUUUCUGUUUACCAGACCAGCCAGGCAACGAUCGUUCAAUGAGGUUACUGUACUCUACCUCAGCUGCUCGUCCGCAAGUAUGGAUUCUUGUUUUCUGAUCGUCGUGUUUGUCUUCGCAUUCAGUCUUUCCAGUGGAGAGAGGACGCUCAAGUUUGUCACUGUGCUCUAUCGUCAUGGCGACAGAUCUCCAAUCAAGGCCUAUCCAACUGAUCCCUACAAGGAGAGUGACUGGCCCCAGGGUUUUGGACAGCUCUCUCAGGAGGGAAUGAAGCAGCAAUAUGAACUAGGUCAGUUUUUGAAGAAACGCUACAGAGGAUUCCUGAGUGAGGAGUAUGACCGGCAUGAGAUAUUCAUCAGAAGUACAGACGUUGACCGGACUCUGAUGAGUGCAGAAGCUAACCUGGCUGGCCUGUUCCCACCUAACAGUUCUCAGGAGUUUAAUCCAGGUUUGAAAUGGCAGCCGAUACCUGUUCACACUGUCCCAGAGGAUAAAGAGAGGCUGCUCUCAUUCCCGCUAGAAGACUGUCCACGUUACACACAGCUCAUGAAAGAGACUGAAAAAUCAGACAUUUUUCUUAACAUGACUGACACUUACAAGACAUUUAUAGAAAUGGUGAGAAACAAAACAGGACUGGAGACGGCCUCCAUCGAGUCUAUUUGGAGUGUAUAUGACACGUUGUUCUGUGAGGCAAAACAUGGGAAGUCGCCACCUGGCUGGGUGACUCCAGAUGUGAUGGAAACUCUGAAGGUGCUGAAGAACUUUGGUUUUCAGAUUAUGUUUGGAGUCUAUAAGAGAAAGGAGAAGUGCAGACUUCAGGGAGGCCUGCUGUUAAGUCAGAUCAUCAAGAAUCUCUCAACUGCAGCGGCUCCAGACGCUAAAGAAAAAGUGAAGAUGAUAGUAUACUCAGCUCAUGACACAACAGUUGUAGCUCUGCAGGAAGCCCUGAAUGUCUUUAAUGGCCUGCAGCCACCUUAUGCAUCGUGUCAUUUAAUUGAACUUCACCAGGAAGAGAACGGGAUGUUUUCAGUGGAGAUGUUUUAUCGCAAUGACAGUGCCGUGUCUGAGCCAUACAACGUGUCUUUACCGGGCUUCCAGCGCUGCCCCCUACAGGACUUUGUGAACCUCACACGUGAUGUCAUACCACAAGACAGGAAUAAAGAGUGUCAGAUAAAGAAAGAAGCCACAGACACUGAGGUCAUCAUCGGGCUGGCUGUGUGUGGAUGUCUGCUCUUUCUGUUGGUACUACUGCUGUUUGUAGUGCUAUGCCGUCAAAAAGACCCGAUGGCUAGCUACAGUCAUGUCAUAAAUGAGAGCGACUCCUGACAAUCAUAUCAGCUCCUCCGCAAAGAGGACCAGUGGGACAGUGAAGAGGACCUAUGAGGACACUGCGCCAACUUGUUGAAAAACUCUAAGCCACACAUUUUAUUAUAUUGGGGAUGGAACAUUUGGUAAUGUUUUAUUACUUGUAACUUCAAGUGUUCGAAGAAAGAAAAGGGAACUAAGAGUUGUGAUGGCGUCAGUGGCAUUACCGUAACAAUGCUUAUCGCACAGACUCUAACUGUGCAAUAACGACUGGUUGUCAUUGGCUCUGGGCUUUUGUUGUAAUGAUAGAUUAUGAUUGUGUGCAAAAGGGAGGAUCUGAGACGUGGACUAGACUAAAACUCCCCCAGAGGUGUGUGUCCUCUCUGAAAGACAAGGACUGUUGGUGUCCCCCUGUUUGUGCUUCUGGUCCUUUAAUUCUAGUGUACUUUUAAGCCCAGUGUACUUGAUGCAUCAGCCUAAAGAUUUAGGUUGGGCAAUAAAAGACUACUGAAUACACGUCGCGGCCUUAUAAUGCAAUCGUGGAAUUUUACGCUCAUGCUUUUUAUGUGAUCAUCUCCUGAUUUACAGCCACUGUAGUUCUGAUUUGUACAUUUCAGAAUAGCAACAUACUGAUGAAGAACAGUGUUCUCAGGUUAAGCUCAAAAGAGCUGCAUUGGAGUAAUUUGUUUUAAUCUGGUGUGGUUUAUUUAAUUGUAAUGUUUUUCAUUCAACAUAAUGAUCACAACAUGAUGACACUAUGAAUACAAAUUAAAUUUUAUAUUUCAUUAUCAAAAA